GGCGGGCGGUCGCGAGGCGCCGAGGACGUUCCCCGCGGCCGGAGCCAUGGAGAUGCCGCUGCCGCCCGACGACCAGGAGCUGCGGAAUGUCAUCGACAAGCUGGCGCAGUUCGUGGCGCGCAACGGGCCCGAGUUCGAGAAGAUGACGAUGGAGAAGCAGAAGGACAACCCCAAGUUCUCCUUCCUGUUCGGCGGCGACUUCUACAGCUACUACAAGUGCAAGCUGGCGCUGGAGCAGCAGCAGCUUCUCUGCAAGCAGCAGGCGCCCGAGCUGGAACCUGCGGCCACAGUGCCGCCGCCUCUGGCCCCCGCGGGCCCGCUCCCGCCGUCGCAGGGCGCCCCCACCGUGGACGAGCUCAUCCAGCAGAGCCAGUGGAACCUGCAGCAGCAAGAACAGCAUCUGCUGGCCCUGCGGCAGGAGCAGGUGACGGCGGCUGUGACCCACGCACUGGAGCAGCAGAUGCAAAAGCUGCUGGAGGAGACACAGCUGGACAUGGGCGAGUUCGACAACCUGCUGCAGCCCAUCAUUGACACGUGCACCAAGGACGCCAUCUCGGCCGGCAAGAACUGGAUGUUCAGCAACGCCAAGUCCCCGCCGCACUGCGAGCUGAUGGCCGGUCACCUGCGGAACCGCAUUACGGCCGAUGGUGCCCACUUCGAGCUGCGGCUGCACCUCAUCUACCUGAUCAACGACGUGCUGCACCACUGCCAGCGCAAGCAGGCGCGAGAGCUGCUGGCGGCGCUGCAGCGGGUGGUGGUGCCCAUCUACUGCACCAGCUUCCUGGCCGUGGAGGAGGACAAGCAGCAGAAGAUCGCUCGGCUGCUGCAGCUCUGGGAGAAGAACGGUUACUUCGAUGACUCCAUCAUUCAGCAGCUGCAGAGCCCUGCGUUGGGGCUCGGGCAGUACCAGGCCACACUCAUCAGCGAGCACUCGGCGGCCGUGCAGCCCGUGCAGCUGGCCUUCCAGCAACAGAUCCAGACCCUGAAGACGCAACACGAGGAGUUCGUCAGCAGCCUGGCCCAGCCUCAGCCACAGCCGCAGCCCCUGCCCCUGCCACAGCUGGAAGCCGAGGUGAAGGCCACGCCUCCCCCAGCCCCACCUGCCCCUGCACCUGCCCCAGCCAUCCCACCCACCACACAGCCAGAGGAGAACAAGCCCCCCAUCCAGAUGCCGGGCUCCUCCGAAUACGAUGCCCCAGGGGGUGUGCCAGAUCCUGCAGCUCCUGGACCCCGAGGCCCCGGCCCCCAUGACCAGAUCCCACCCAACAAACCGCCCUGGUUCGACCAGCCUCACCCUGUGGCACCCUGGGGCCAGCAGCAGCAGCCGCCGGAGCAGCCCCCCUAUCCGCACCACCAGGGCGGGCCCCCUCACUGCCCGCCCUGGAACAACAGCCACGAGGGCAUGUGGGGCGAACAGCGGGGAGAUCCCGGCUGGAAUGGGCAGCGUGACGCACCAUGGAGCGGCCAGCCUGACCCCAACUGGAACAACCAGUUUGAGGGUCCCUGGAACAACCAGCACGAGCAGCCACCCUGGGGCGGGGGCCAGCGGGAGCCCCCCUUCCGCAUGCAGCGGCCCCCACACUUCCGGGGCCCCUUUCCGCCCCACCAGCAGCACCCACAGUUCAACCAGCCGCCACACCCACACAGCUUCAGCCGCUUCCCGCCGCGCUUCCUGCAGGAUGACUUUCCCCCGCGGCACCCCUUCGAGCGGCCACCCUACCCGCCCCGCUUCGACUAUCCCCAGGGCGACUUCCCGGCUGGUGAGAGGGACAUGGGGCCGCCUCACCACCACCCUGGCCACCGAAUGCCUCAUCCUGGGAUCAACGAGCACCCGCCUUGGGGUGGUCCCCAGCACCCGGACUUUGGUCCCCCGCCCCAUGGCUUCAACGGGCAGCCUCCCCACAUGCGGCGACAGGGUCCGCCUCACAUCAACCACGAUGACCCCAGUCUGGUCCCCAACGUGCCCUACUUUGACCUCCCUGCCGGGCUGAUGGCCCCCCUGGUGAAGCUGGAAGACCAUGAAUACAAGCCCCUGGACCCCAAAGACAUCCGCCUGCCUCCCCCCAUGCCCCCUAGUGAGAGGCUGCUGGCAGCCGUGGAGGCCUUCUACAGCCCCCCGUCCCACGACAGGCCUCGCAACAGUGAGGGCUGGGAGCAGAACGGCCUCUACGAGUUCUUCCGCGCCAAGAUGCGGGCUCGGCGGCGCAAGGGCCAGGAGAAGAGGAACAGCGGGCCGUCCCGCUCUGCCAGCAGGUCCAAGAGCCGCGGCCGCUCCUCCUCCCGCUCCAACUCGAGAUCCUCCAAGUCCUCCGGGUCCUCGUCACGCUCACGCUCGCGCUCCUGCUCACGCUCCUCCUCCCGCUCCGGCUCCAGAAGCGGCUCCCGCUCCCAUUCCUCCCGCAGCCGCUCUCGUUCUCGUUCCCGCUCUCGCUCCAAGUCCUACUCCCCUGGCCGGAGACGCCGCUCCCGCUCCCGGAGCGCCACGCCACCCUCUUCAGCCGGCCUGGGCUCCAACUCUGCACCCCCCAUCCCGGACUCGCGGCUCGGGGAGGAGAACAAGGGCCACCAGAUGCUGGUGAAGAUGGGCUGGAGUGGGUCGGGCGGCCUCGGAGCCAAGGAGCAGGGGAUCCAGGACCCCAUCAAGGGCGGGGACGUCCGGGACAAGUGGGACCAGUACAAGGGCGUGGGGGUGGCCCUCGACGACCCCUACGAGAACUACCGGCGCAACAAGAGCUACUCUUUCAUCGCGCGCAUGAAGGCCAGGGACGAGUGCAAGUAGUCGCACCCGGCCCUCUCCAACCAGGACACUCGGAGCCUUUGCAGUGGCCCCACCACGUGGGUUUGGUCUUUGCCCCCUGCUAGUGUAGGUCUGGCCCGGCCACUCCCAGCCGCCCCAGCCACUGUUAGCGCAACUUCCUUUAGUAGUUGUUGAAACCCGAGACCUUCCCUCCCGUGAGCACAGGCAGCGCCCUGUCCCCUGCUCACUGACGGUGCCACCUCUGAUUUGUCUCUGGUCGCUGUGAAUCAUUGGCACGUGCAGGAUUCAGGACACCACGUGCUGUUAACCAUUUGUGAGUUUUACUGUUUUUGCCUUCGAAUAAAAGACUUUUGUAACGA